AUGUCCUCACCAUCAUCCUGGCAAGACCGCCGCUUCAUGUUCCCCGCCGGCCGCGAAGUCCACCAAGGCAGCCGUCGGUACUCAGGCAGCAAAGGCUCCGACACGGAUACGACUCUCUCGCCAACGACCUUAAACACCGCUCCACCACCGCCGGCCCCGACACCGAUCGCAGAGGAACCCCCAGCGACCACCACGGGUGGCAUCGUCCACCCACCCUGGGAAGGAGACCGACGCUUCAUGUUCCCCGCCGGAAAAGAAUCGUCGGGCGAUAAAACAACCGAUGCCGCCGCCACUCCUGUCCGCACCUCAGGGUCGCCGCCCGCUUCAUCAGGAGGAGGAGGAGGCAUUGCCGCUGCUAUCGCGGGAAGAAGACGGUCCUCCGUAUCGAGCCAGGGCGUCUUCAGCGGCCUCAUGGGCGCGCGUGGCUCGGAAAGCUAUGAACAACGCCGACAGGGUUGGGAAGAUAUGAAGUCGCCCGGCGGCAUUGGCGGAUUCCUUAGCAAUUGGGUCAACAAGCCGGCGGAGAAGAAGUGA